GGGAGCCCCCUGGUCAUGGACCCCAACAGCAUCUGCCGCAAGUCGAAGCGGCUGGCGGGGAAGCAGUCGGAGCUGUGCCAGCUGGAUCCAGAGAUCGUGCAGGAGGUGGCCAAAGGCACCAAGCUCGGUGUCCGGGAGUGCCAGUACCAAUUCCGCUUCCGCCGCUGGAACUGCACCAGCCACAGCAAGUACUUUGGCAAGAUCCUGCAGCAGGAUAUCCGGGAGACAGACUUCGUGCAUGCCAUCACGGAGGGCACUCGGAGCCGGUGUCCCCCCUCACCCACGGCAGGUCCUGGCACAGAGGGCACAGCCUGGGAGUGGGGGGGCUGUGGGGAUGACGUGCAGUUCGGCUACGAGAAAUCCCAGCAGUUUAUGGAUGCCAAGAGCAAGAAAGGCAAAAAUGACAUCCGAGCUCUUAUCGACCUGCACAACAACGAAGCCGGGCGCUUGGCGGUGCGCAGCUAUAUGAGGACAGAGUGCAAAUGCCACGGGCUGUCGGGCUCCUGCACCCUGCGGACCUGCUGGCGGAAGAUGCCCCAUUUCCGCGAGGUGGGGGACCGCCUGCUCGAGCGCUUCAACGGGGCUUUCAAGGUGAUGGGGGGCAAUGACGGGAAAACCCUCAUCCCUGUGGGGGACAACAUCAAGCCUCCCGACAAACAGGACCUCAUCUACUCGGCCGACUCGCCUGAUUUCUGCUCGGCUAACCGUAAGACGGGCUCGCUGGGCACCCGGGGCCGCGUCUGCAACAGCACGGCCAUGGACAAAAAAAUGGGGGGCGGGCGAGGCCACCGGGACGAGACAGUGGUGCUGGAGGAGAACUGCCUUUGCCGCUUCCACUGGUGCUGCGUGGUGCAGUGCCGCAAGUGCUCCGUCCGUCAGGAGCUCAGCCUCUGCGUCUGA